AUGAGACUUCGCCGGGUGCACAUUAACCGGAAGACCGAUCUUUCCAAAUGGAUUUUUAGCGGCAAAAAACGGGUUUCAUUGGAUGGGCCGGAUAAUUUGAGAAGCCACGGCACCUGUAGUGCAUGCCCGAGACGGAUCAAACGCCAGAUGUAUGGCGGAUAUGUGAUGGUCCUAAGGGCAUCCGUUGUAAUGGCAAACUCAAGAUUUAGGUGAAGAAACCCAUUACAAAACACGUUAAAUUUAAAAAUUUUACAUUGCUCGAAGUAAAUGCAAGCCUCAUGAUUACAUUAAAGAUGGGACGCCGAGGGGGUCAAAAUUUUUCCUACGAUUUUUGAGGUGAUUUUUGAAAAUUGGGCCUGGAUUGCCACUAUAUUUUUUGUGUUGCUAAUUGUAAGCUAUUUUUUUAGUUGCCAGUAAGCUAUCAAGUUCGCAUUAAAAAUUAAAAUUAUGAUUUUUCUACCGUGAUUUACUUACGGUAAUAUUCCACAAAGGUCGGGUUUUACUCGACUUUGGAUCAUGAUUGAUCUUUUUGGGGGAUAACCAAUCCUGGGUCACAAUUUCCGAGGCUCUUAACAUUACAUCUUUCAGCUGUCAUCUAUGCCCCGCUGUGUAUCCGCUGGAGUUACACUGCUACAACCAUCUCUAUUGGGUCCACGGAGCAGUGGAAUUUAUGAUGUAUGCCACAGAGCAGGCCCGUCGUGCAUUCAGACAGCAGAACCGGCGUCAAUAA